AUGUCCACUAUGCUCGCUCAUCCUGCCCACCUUCCCCUCCACGUCGAGGCCCCCCAACCAAAGGACGUGGAACUGAACGAGCUCGGUGACCUUCAAGAUGCGCUGGAACCCUUUGCACAAUUGAUCUGUCGGUCUGGUCGAUCCAUUCGGUUACACUGCACAGUGCCGACGGCGUGCUCAUCCUCCUAUCCCACAUGUCACGACCUUUACGACCUACAUGAUUUACGAAGCCGAUCGUUGCUGUUCGUGCAUAAUCUGGUGGAGACGUUAAAGGCUUCUGGAGUCCCCGCGUCAUACCGCCUGCAGCCUUCUAACUCUCCGAUAUGCCUUAUCUGUGCGCUUCCACUCGGUCUUGACGCAACGAAAGUCAAGGCCGCAGCCGUAGCAGCGGUCCAGAAUGCCCACUUCGAAUCAAAAGAGAAGGCAUUGUUAGCCGACUUGCAGGACGGGCUCGCACUUGUCAUCACAUAA